AUGUGUAUGAAUCAAAUAAUUAUCUAUAACAUUCCUCUUGUUGUUAAGUUUGAUCUAGCUGUUGGUGGAAAUCUGAGUAAUGUUCCACUCAAGUCUAGGCCUAUGAGAAAUUAUCAUGACAUUCUAAUUUCUUCUGGUGAAGAGUCCCGGGAAAUAAAUUUGAUUAAUACAUAUUGCGAUAAAGAUAUCCGAGACAUUCUGUCUGACAUUAUGACAAAGCCUCGAGUGCUUAAGGAGAAUGACGAUCAUGUCCAUGAAGAUGUUGAGAUUGAUACAACUAUAGUUAAUUAUGGUGUUGUUACUAACCAUGAUCAGGCAUUAGAAUAA